AUGGGACCCCUUACAAAUAUCUAUGUCUUUGCUUGUGUCUUUACAUUCAUGCUGUGGAAUAAUAUCCAGCCAACUGUGGAAAAUGAAUUUAUUGCAAAUUAUUCAGGCAAUUUGCUAACUAAUGUUCCAAAAAACAUUCCAGUCCACACUCAUGUAUUAGAUUUAUCACGUAAUAGGAUCUCUGGACUUAGUAUCUCAGAAUUUAUUUAUCUUUCUGACCUUCAAGUAUUAAAUCUUUCUCAUAAUCUAAUUACGGAGCUUGACUUCACUGUCUUCAUUUUUAAUCAAGAUUUACAAUACUUAGAUAUAUCUCAUAAUAACAUUUUGAAAGUUUACUGUCAAACUCUUGAAUGUCUUAGACAUUUAGAUCUUUCUUUCAAUAAGUUUAGUGCCCUGCCCAUCUGUCAGGAAUUCAGGAACAUGUUUCAUUUGGAGUACCUGGGAUUAAGUGCCACAAUGAUAAGAAGGUCAGACUUCAGGUAUAUCAUACAUUUGCAGCUGCACACUGUCUUCCUAACCUUAGAAGACUUUUCUCUGUAUGAGCCUCAGAGUCUGACAGCCUUGAAUACAAGGAGCCUCCAUAUUGUUUUUGCAGCAACCCAAAACUUCAGUUUUUCCCUCUUGUAUGAUGGAAUGAGCACUUCAGAAAACUUAAAAAUAGUUAACUUAAGAUAUACCUUGAGCUACAAAGAUUUCCCCUCUCCUUCUUUAAUGCUUCUGAAGAAAACCAAGACAAGAGCUCUGAUGCUUGACACUGUGGAUUUACAAUGGGCUAUCAUUUUGGAAAUUUUCCUGUUUAUUUGGUAUUCACCUGUGGAGCAUUUGACUGUGAGAAAUUUGACUUUUCGUGGACCACUGGCGGAGCUGACUGAGUAUGAAUUUCUACCCUUAUUAAGCUCUCUGGAACAAUUAGUAUCUUUGGGUGGCUCCAUGAAAACGCUAACUUUGGAGCACGUUCGUAACAAAGUUUAUUAUUUCAACCAGGAGAUUCUAUACAGACAGUUUUCAGAGAUGAAUAUUGCCAGUUUGACAAUAUAUGAUGCAUACAUGCCACACAUGCUUUGCCCCAACAGAACAAGCUCAUUUCAGUAUUUAAAUUUUUCUCACAAUGCCCUGACGGAUGAAUUGUUCCAGAAUUGUGGCACUCUGACAGAUCUGAAAUUACUUAUUUUGGAGAGGAAUAAAUUUGAGAGCCUUUCCAAG